AUAAAAACCACAACAACACUGCGUUAUCAUCUGUUUUAUUUAUUCUCCAUUCCCUACCAUAUAUAUAAACAUAUAAAUAAAAAGCCGUUUAUUUUGGAAAUCCAAUUUCCUUCCGUGAAUUGUUUCUUCUCUACAUCCUUGGGAUCUUUUGCAGAUACCAACCCAGAAGAAAGAAGAGCAAAAAAUAAUAAAAAAAAAAAAUUAAAUUCAACACCCUUUGUAAAUCCCUUUCUUCAGUUCUGAUUUUAUUUAUUUUUUGUGCAAUUUAUAUUUUUGGAUCUGAUUGGGGUUUGAUCUUGCUAUUUCAAUUAGAUGAUUUUUUGUUUCUUAAUUUUAAUUUUUCCAAAAAAUUAUAUGGUUUUUUUUGUAUGAUUGGAUUUUUCUGUAGGGUUUGGUUUUGGGGAUUUAAUUUAGGGUUUGUUUUUAUAAUUUGUGUGGUGAUUGGAUGUUGAUCUUGUGUUUGGUUGCAUGGAUGAUAUACUCUUUGGGGAUUCCUUUUCAUUUUAUGAUUCUAGUUGGUUCUAAGUUUGUUUAUUUGGUGAUGAUUGAAUAGGGUGUGAUUUGAAUGUUCUACAAUUGAAAAUUUGAUUUUUUUUCUUCCUAGAAGUCAUGUAUAGUUUGCUUUAUUAUGAUAGAUUUCUUGAUUGGACUAAUUAAUCGCCCCCAAUUUGUUCUGAGGCGUUUUAGAACAAGAAGUUUUUGGGUUGUAAACAUUGCUAUGUUGUUUCUACUAAAUAUUUGUCCUUUGCUACAUAUCUAAAGAAGCAAACUUGAUACACUUAUGGGAACUAAUGCUUGCCUAAUAUUUUUGGCCUUUUCCGAAUGUAUUUAGGUUAUAGGCAUCUUUGAUUUGCGAAAUUUAUUGAUCCUUAGUUAGUGAUGGUGUUGGAAAGGCAGAAAUCCCAUCUACCUGAUAACCCUACAUUUUUAUGGUUAUGUAGAGAGAAGACAGGUAGAUUAUGUGAUAAGGAGAAUAGAUCAGAUGGAGAGGAGUCAAACAAUUAGAGGUAGAGGAAGAUCUAGAAUAACUGUAAGAGAAGUUAUUACGAAAUAUUUUGAGAUUAAAGAUCUAGAUAGAAGUAUGGUCCUAGAUAGAACAUUAUGACGGAAGUUGAUCCAUGUAGCUGACUCCACCCUGAUAAAUUCCCUUUUCGUGACCCAAACCAACAAAACAGAGAUGCUGGAUAAGACAUGAGUCUAACUUGCUACCUAUGACAUCUUUGGAGAGUUGUAACAAUAACACAUUGAAGUCCUUGUAUUUAUUGUUUUCUAUUAUGCUUAGUUUUCUUGUGAUUUCACUUAAAUACUUGCAGUGUUGUUAAAUGGCAGUCUUGGGGCUGCCAUGGCGGAUUUUUUGAUUACCGCCGCAGCCAAUUGGUGAAAGGAUGCCUGCUAUGGUGAUGCCAUAGACAGCAAUAGCGUGUUUAUAUGACAGAUUUUUGGCCUUCAGCCAUACACCGCCAUGCGCCCAUGAACAACUACUGCUUUGCAUGUUCUUAGGGAUUCAUUAAUAACAUAAACCAUCUCUGUUGUGAUCUAGUUAGUAUAGUAGCGGAUUCAUCGAUGAACAUCUUAGAAUAGAAAACAUUAUUAGGAAAAAAGUGUUGAAUUUAUGGAUCAGGUUGAUUGAAACUUACUUAUUUCUCUCUUUCGAUGGAUACAUCUCUAACUUCUAUUUUAAAUUCAAUUGACAGAGUUUUUGUUUUUUGUAAUAUUGUUUUAUUUAACCGUCUUUUUCUUCCUUUUUUGAUGGUAUACCUGCAGACUUUGUGGCUUGUUGGUGAUUCUGUUGUACAGAAGUGUUCGAUAAAAUUACAUAUGUUCAAGAUUGUAGUGUUCUUUGAUUCCUUAUUUAUAUCGUACUUUGGAGCAUUGCAUGAGUGAUUUCCCUGUGAUUCUUUUGUGAAGUCAAGUAAAGGUCCUAUAAUUACAAACUGAGAUUCAGAAUCCUCUGGUAGGGAAUAUAGCUAGAGCUUAUUGUCUUGGUAAGUUUAUAAGCAAAUGAUCCACAAAAUAUUGCUAUCCCCGUGUCCUUAUUCCCUUUUGCAUUGCCAGCACUGAAUCUCGGUUCGAGUUAUUCAUGUUCUCAAUUUUUUUACAUGUUCAUUUUCUUUCUCUAUAUAUUUAUGUUUAGACCGGUGUAUUUUGCUUUUAUGUCAGAACAUAAAUGGUUAUGAAAAAAAUGGUUUUCUAAUGAGUUUAAUAUGUUGAGUAGUUAACACGGUUCGAGGAAGAUGGCUGGUUUUAAGCGAAGGUUAUGUAGUGAUUCAGAUAUCCAUGCUCUUCACAAAGAAUUGGAUGAAGUUUCAUGUCCUAUCUGCAUGGACCAUCCACAUAAUGCUGUUCUCCUACUUUGCAGCUCUCACGAUAAGGGCUGCAGAUCUUACGUUUGUGAUACAAGUUAUAGGCAUUCAAAUUGUCUGGACCGAUUUAAAAAAAUGAGGGACAACUCUACGGAGAACCCGAAUUUACCAAGUUCUUUAAUAAACACUAACAACUCUUCUGGAUCGAGACCGGGUGAUGCCCAAGAUCCAAGUAGACAUUUAAACCAACAUGACGAAGGCAUUUUAGAAACUGUUGAUUCUGAGAACUUGCAGGACAGGGCUGUUCUUGAGGAGGAUUUAGCAGUAGAUAAUUCGUCCGAGGACUCGAAAUCGAGUUUGCAGUGUCCUCUAUGUAGAGGUACAGUAUUAAGCUGGGAGGUUGUUGAAGAGGCUAGAAAUUAUCUGAACAUGAAGAAGAGAAGUUGCUCAAGGGAUUCGUGCUCGUUCGCUGGAGAUUAUCUGGAAUUGCGUAGGCAUGCUAGGAGAGUUCAUCCUACUUCUCGUCCCUCGAACGUUGAUCCAACAAGAGAACAAGCGUGGCAACAAUUUGAGCGUCAGAGAGAAUACGGCGAUAUUGUGAGUGCUAUACAGUCUGCUAUACCAGGAGCUGUUGUCGUCGGGGAUUAUGUUCUCGAAAACGGAGACGGUAUUGGUAGGUUACCAGGUGGUGGUGAUAGGGAUGGGAACAACGGCAAUGGUAAUGGAUCUUGGUUAACCACUACUACCAUCUUGUUCCAAAUGAUGGAUAGCACCAUUGAAAUCGUAAGGGAACCAAGACCUCGUUCUUCAAAUACAUGGUCAAGGCAUCAUCGCCGUUCGUCCGACCGCCGUCGCUAUCUUUGGGGUGAGAAUUUGUUGGGUCUUCAAGAUAAUGAAGUCGAAGAAGACCUGCGAAUAUUUAACGAACUGGUUGAAGAUGCAUCGCAUGUUCCAAGGAGGCGCCGACGUUUGAACAGGACAAGGUCCAACGAAGAUCAAUCAUGAUGGUUGUCGUCAUUUAUCUGAAUUGUUUGAGCAAGCAUGCCGAACAUGGUCAAGUCGUAUCUCGGAAACAUGAUUUCGGGCCUAUGCAUGGACCCUUAGAGUAUGCUGAAACAGCAAAGUUCAGAAUAAAUCAUGAUCAAAUCCUUAUACACAAGUUUCAAUGAAACAAGAAAUUCUAGAAUUAUUGUUUUUGUUAAAGCUUGGUUUUAUGUAAAACAGCAUUUAGCCUCAGGAUCACUAAACUUCUGGGUGAUUUGGCAAGUUGUUGCAUAGUAUGUGUAAAUUAUAGUAGUAUCGUGUAUUGAAAUUGUUCAAUCUUUACAUCUAUUAAAUUGUUUGUUUUUCA